AAUACACAACGAAGCCUUUAGAAACGAACACAUUAAAUUCAACCUAGGAAAUUGUCCACGAAGCUGUGUACUGUUUGUUUGGCGUAGUUUGACGUAGUUAAAGAGACUCGAGUUUCCCUUGAAAAAACCACUGGUGACCAGUUACAUGUCAUCUUCAAGCCUACGAAUUAAAUUGGAGAGAGAUGAGCCUGGAGGGGAUGUUGAUGCAGCACGAGGGAGGUUUGAUGCUGCCCUUCAGGGACUUCUCCAGAAGGAUGAAGAAUCAGAUUCUGAGAAUGAAUCUGAUGAUAAAUCAAAAGUUGUAUUCUCAAAAGUUGGACUGCAAAGUGGCCGAACAACAAGACCCCCAAGAAAGCGAAGGAGAAAAGAAAUAGACCUAAGAGACUCUGGUUUCCAUCAUACAUUUGUCAUGAGGAUGUUUGACCGCAGCGUUGACCUAGCUCAGUUUGAGCUAAGUGCCCCACUGUAUCCUAUAUGCAGAGCGUGGAUGAUCAACCAGCCGCAUAACUCUAGUUUAAAUGUCAAGCAGGAACCAGGAAGUCCAAGAAAUGAACCUUAUGACAGUUCAGUCAACACUCAAGAGGAAGAUUAUGUCUCUGAAAUAUUACCAGAUGGUCCACCUGCCAUAAUUACGAAACUGCCCAGCCCAGAAAUGUGGCCUGAAGAUAUAACAAGGGUAGAUCCACGGAUUCCUGAACCACUUCCAAACACAGAUGCCAGACUUGAUAUUAAUAAUCCUGAUAAUACCCCUGUUGGAGUGUUGUUGACAGAACACUUAAAGAGAUGGCGUCAAAUUCGAAAUCUGUGGAAAAAUACAUCCAGAAUUAAUGAUCAACGCUACCUUAGUUCGUAUAACAUAUUAAAAACUAUGUUUGACAGGGCACAUGAGGGAUAGGCAUGGAUCUUCCAAGGAGGAAUUUUUAUGUUUAAAGGCUUCCAACUGUAUAUUUCAAAUAUAUGGAAAUUUCAUAUAUAAAUAUUUAAACUUUA